AUGAUAUUCUUGGUAGCUUCCGUGGUCUCUUUACUUCACCUGGUCGCCUGUGACAUCUCGGUCCAAGGCUUCGAUGACACCCAAUGUGCCGGAAACAGGAUUGGCACUAACGUGCAUUCAAAUGCCGGAAAUCUACACGAAUCCAGCAACUGUAUCGCCUCUGACACCUUCGAAUCAAUCAGCACAAUCAGUGUCGACGCUGGAUUUCAGUGCAAUAUCUAUUCCGACACUGCUUGUCAGAAUUUCAUCACCAGCACGAACACAGUUGGAUGUGUACCAGUGAUUGGUCAAGGCUUAACCUGUUUCAGUCAAGCAUCAUUCGACAAUCCCUUAGCUGGUAGUACAGGAAACAUCGGAAUAGGCAAGAACAAGAUCAUUGCUAGCACCGGAGAUGAAACCUUCGAGAGAGCUAUCAGCAAUGCAUGUGGCGAUGCGAUAUGCGACCCAACUUCACGGGACGUUCUCAACUUCAUACAUGGCCGUAACUGCGAAGGCGGUCUUGCUGACGUAAAUGGCAAUCCGUUCCUGACUGUCUGCGACAAUAGAGAUCAAUGUACGCAGACCAUCACCGUCAAUGGCCAGUUUGACAAUACGCAACAAAGAGACUAUAUGAAGGGGCUGCUGAAAGCAACGAUGAAACAAGGUAUCGGAGGUUUCGUGCAAGCCGACAGCAGAGACACGUCCCCCAACGAUCAAUUGAGUUUUGCAAGUGUGGUUAUAAAUGAUGCAAAGGGCGCGGAUUUAGCUUCGAUGUCGAUGUCCAUCGAGGUGCAAUGUACGGAGAUCGAACCUGAUGCCUUCAACUGUGACCAGCCUUUUAUCGAUAUUCUGAAAACGUUGGUGGGAGCAAUUCCCGCGGUAGGAGAAACUAUUGCAUCAACUUUCGAAGUCGCUUGCGCGGUGAAUGACUUAAUAAACGGGUGA